AUGGCCGUGCCGUCCAUGUGCCUGCCCAACUUUGGUGCCAUGAUGGCUCCUGGUCCCAACGGCGAGCCUUCGCACUUUGAAAAGCGCCUGCUUUCUGCCAACCCGUUGCAGCUCAACGGCCUGCUGAAUACCAUCAAGAGUAAGGUCAACGAGCUCAACCCGAACGUCACCGUUCCUGCCGCUGGUGACCUGCUCAACACCAAGAUCACCGACAUCACCGAGGACACCAUCUACAAGGCGUUCGGCAUCGUACGUGGCCAAGGGAUCUUGCCUCCUGCCGAGGAUGCGGCUCACCCCUGGCAGGCUCCGCCCGCAGGUGCCAAGCGUGGACCUUGCCCUGGUCUCAACACGCUUGCCAACCACGGGUACCUGCCUCGCAACGGCGUCGUCAACCCGGUCGAGCUGAUCCUGGGUACGUUCGAGGGACUCAACCUGAGUCCUGAUCUUGCCGGUAUUCUGGCUGCCAUCUCGUUCGUCGGUAUGGGCGAUCUGCUGCAGUUGAAGCUGUCAAUCGGCGACCGGUACGGCCUCGGCGAUGGUCUGAACCACCACGGCAUCUUGGAAGGCGAUGCUUCCGUUACUCGCAAGGACCACUACUUCGGCAACAGCUGGGAUGCGGACCCGGCACUGGUGGCGCAGUUCAUCAACGAGACCAACACGUACGGCAACGGCGACGUCAGCGUCUGGUCGCUGGCCAACUCGCGCUACCGAGCCUGGGAUUACGGCCGCACCAACAACCCGCAGUUCGACUUCAACCCUUGGCGUAUGCUGGUGGCGUACGGCGAGAGCGGAUUCGUGCACGAAGUGCUGCGUGGCUCUUCCGUCAAGUUUGACGAGUCGAUGAUCAAAUCGUGGUUCCUGGACGAGAAGUUCCCCAAAGGUUGGUCCAAGAGACUCGUGCCCAUGUCGACGCCCGAGAUCUUGGCCUGGGCGGGCAUCAUCCUUCUGCCGAAGCCGACUCUUCCCGGCUGGAGCGUCGGAAAGGGAGCAUUCAUCCCACUUCCCACUACCGACGGUGCGUACCAGGAGCUUGCUUCGCUUCUAGACCCCAAGACCACGGGUGCCACGCUGGGACGACUGUUCUGCGACGCUGGAAACGCCGUGCUUGGAUUCUUCCCUUCGCAGAUCACCAACUUGCUCGCUGGUAUCGGUCUCAAGGGCGUUGGUGCCCCGCUGAAAUGCUAA